GAAAAAAAAAAAAAAAAAAAAUACCAUUCAGAUAAGAUAACGUUUUACCAAUUUUGCGGAAAAAAAGUAAAGUGAAGGGGUCCAGGUCAAACUGAAUUGGAGCCUCAUAAACGUUCGCCCCGCCCUUCUACACGAAAUAUUGCUACUGACGCGAUAGCGCUGUGGCCCAACUGAGGAGUUGGCGGCUUGUUGGCGACUUCACCUCAGGGGGAGAAAACCCCCAAAUGGUGGCUCCACAAAGCGAUCAACACAACGCGGGGGACGCCGCACGUCCGUUUGCAUCUAUGUGGGGAGUAAAAAGAGGGGCCAUCCGCAAUUUGGGCAUCAUUCGAAGCCGCAGCGGUGAAUAAUACCCCCAUGCGAUGAAGGACGCCCCCCUGCACACACACACGUAAUAACCCCCCACGUAAAAACCCAUGUAAAAUAUAACGCUACCCCUCGCGCGCCCCCAAAAUGAACUUCGUCAAAACGCACAUUUACGAACAGGAGUACACCAAUGAAGGAAUAAAAGAGCAAGAAAAGGACGCGAGGAGCGCAAAAGAAAUUGACGAAAAUAAGCGGCUAAAGGAGCUGCCAGAGUUUAAAAGGGACAAUCAAUUCUUAAGCCUAUCGGAACAACUUGAACUGAAAAAAAAUAACAACAGUGGUGGAGGUGGACCCGGGAAAGAAGAUGAAGCAGAAGGACUCAUGAACAUUUAUGAAAUGCCAAACUUGACGGAAGAAUAUGCAGAAUAUUAUGACAAUUAUGCGAAACAUGAUCAUUAUAGUGCCGAGAAAAUCAGGGAGAGAGAAAAAGAAGUGGAAUUUGAAUUUAAAGAAGCUAUAAAAAGUUAUGCAAAGAAAAAAGAAUUAAAGGAAAAGGAAGAUGAAGCGGAUUUGUGGAAGGAAGAAAGUAAUAAUGUUAACUUACGUGAGGUUAAAAAAAAUAUUAUUAAAAAAAAAAAAAUCACUCCAGUGAAAACCAGUGUGAAGGCCAUUAUAAAGACGAAGAAAAAAAGUGCCAUCGCUUCUCCAAAGGGGGGCCAUGCUGACGUCAAAAAGGUGUCCACCCUCGAGAGCAAUUCGCUGUUGCUUGGUUAUUCGGAUUACUCGGAUGAGUAG